AUGUCAGCUCUCCACCGUCGUACCGUCUCGUCUACAAGAUCCUCACGGUCAAAGGAGAAUCCACCCUCAAUAAACCUCAACACCUUCCCUUUCUCCUCUAUCCCUACUAAUCGAUUCAAGCCUCGCCAUCUUAUGCCAAGUUGCUUCAUCUCCAUCCUUCGUCGAUAUAUCCCCAUCCUUCGUGGAUACAUCCACCACACAAAAUUGACCCUACCCCGAGUCCUCUGCGUCUGCCUCAUCCUCCUCUACUUCAUACUUUACCUCAUCUCACACCUCAUCACCUACGGUCGCUCACAUCACAACAAACCCCUCGUCUGUCCCCCGACUACGGCUUCCAUGCCCCUCUGGGAACGGCAACAAAGUCAUCGCCGCGUGAUCCCAAUCUAUGAGACAUUGGAUCAAAGCCACCGAAAGAAAUUGGAAGUGCGGUCUAUGAGUAGGUUGAGGAAGCUGAAGGAGAGGUUGAGUCCUCUGGUGGCGAAGAAGGCACCGCUCGAUGAUGGGAUGGAGGUGGAGGAAGUGAAGCAGCCGGCGCGGCGGGUGAAGGAACCGAAGGGGAAAACAGGGGAAGAGAAGGCGGCGCACGAGCACGGACUCACCAAUCUGCAAGAUGUUCAACUCCCAAAGAGCGUGGCCUCACAAGUCGAGAACGACACUCGUCUCAAGCCCAAGCCCAAGCCGAAGGGGAAAGGCAAGCCGAAACCAAAACCCAAGGGAGGAAAAUCGAAGCAUUGGAAGCAUAAGGGUUCGUCGGGCGGGAAGAAGGGCGAGGGCAAGAAGAAGGCCAACAAGAAGCCAAAUAG